AUGUCCUCCGACUCCGCCUCUCCCCCGUGGGACUACAUCGCCAAGCUCGUCUGCAUCGGCGACUCGGGCUGCGGCAAGAGCAGCCUGACCAUCCGCCUCUGCGAGGGCCGCUUCGUCGCCCACCACGACGUCACCAUCGGCGUCGAGUUCGGCAGCCGCAUCGUCCCCGUCGGCCCGCCGCACAGCUCCUCCCUCGCCCCCUCCGCCACCACCACCACCACCACCCUCUUCCCCGACCAGCAGCUGCAGCAACAACAAUCAUUAUCAUCAAAAGACGACUCGCAGACACCACCAGCAGCUACCUCCUCCUCCUCCUCCCCCUCCUCCUCGUCGCCCACGUCACACGGGCAGCAACAGCCAGAGGGCGGCCUCCCCGCGCCGCGCAGGAACCCCCCCACCAAGGCGGCACAACAGCACGGCCCCUCCCAGCCGCAAAAGCACAUGAAGCUCUCCCUCUGGGACACGGCCGGCCAGGAGACGUACAAGUCGGUGACGCGGUCCUACUUCCGCGGCGCCUCGGGCGCCCUGCUCGUCUUCGACCUGACCCGCCGCCAGACCUUCCAGCACGCCAUCGACUGGCUCAACGACCUGCGCCAGAUCGCCGAGCCCGACAUCGUCGUCGUCCUCGUCGGCAACAAGGCCGACCUGACCAUGCAGCAGCAGCAGCAGGCAUCGGAGGAGGCCGGCGGCAACGGUGCCCAAAAGAACCAGAGAGAAGUGACGCGCCAGGAGGCCGAGGACUGGGCCCGCCGCAACGGCGUGCUCGAGUACGUCGAGACGAGCGCCAAGAGCGGCGACAACGUCGAGAUGGCCUUCAUGCGCGUCGCCGAGAGGAUAUACCAGAACAUCCAGGCCGGCAAGUACGACCUCAACGACCGGAGGUCCGGCGUCAAGGGGCCCAGCGCCGGCGGCAGCCGGCAGGUGAAGCUAUCGGCCGACGCGAGCAAGAGGGGGAGCUAUGGUGGUUGUUGCUGA